UCCUAUAUUACUUAGCCCCCAAGAACACUCUCUAUUUACCAAUGACGUCUAACUUUCUUUAAUUAUUCAUAUUGGCCAUUCGUUACACUGGCAAGGUCGUUUCUUCUUAAUCUGCCGGCACGAGACGAAUGACCGCGGAGACCCGAGGCGAGACUCGUUUUUGGAGUCGCAUUUUAUCUUUCCGCCUAAUUACAUCAAUAAACCAGUUGCCUCCGCAGACCGAAAACAACAAUACCUCAUUCUAUCAUCCACGUAAUCCAACUGACCUAUAGCUAAAGCAGACAUGGUAUCAUCGUUGCUAUGUAAGGAAAUCUUGAUCGCCAUUGCCUAAACUAGGUCGACCUGUCACCGGUCUACCCAAUCAUGGCUUCCCCUUGAACCAGCAUCUCAAGAUAACCACGCCUUAUUAAUUGCUUAAAUGUGUUAAGCAUCCCGGUUCGUGGACACUCCGCAUUCGAGAUGGUCUCCAACGGAGCAUUGCUUGCAUCACUAGGGGGUGGUUGAAGGGGGCAAACUGUAGAUCUGUUGGUAUAUAACACGAUACUUCCUCGAGCCCAUCCCAUCGCGGCUCUUUCCAAGGACUUGGCUCUCUGUCAGGUGACUAAGAUUAAUUACUUAGUUCUAUAAUUAUCGUAAGUCAGAUAUCAGCAUGCGUUUGUUGACCACUGUUUCGGCGGUAGCUGCCUUGGCAGGCCAAGCUCUGUCGCAGGACCCUCCCACAUUCCCAUUCCCAACCUCCUGCUCUGGUGUCGCUGCGCCAGCAUACGCCUUCACCCUCGACUCCGGAUGGCAGGUCACCAAGAUCGCCAGCGGUCUUCGUCAGCCGCGAACCAUAAUCUUUGACAACCUCGGCCACAUGCUAGUGUUGCAAGCCACCUCCGGCGUUUCCGUGCACACUUUCGGCGCAGACGGAUGUGUUAACAGCACGAAGACCCUCAUCCAGAGCUCCGGUCUCAACCACGGUCUCACUCUUACGCCCGACGGCAAGACCCUGUAUGCUAGCUCCCAGACGACAGUCUGGUCAUGGACGUACGACGCGACUGCAUUAACGGCCACGGGCCAGAAGACCAUAAUUACCGGCAUGGGUCAGGGCAUUCACUCCACGCGAACCACCGUUGUUUCUCCCAAGAACCCAAACCUGAUUCUUGUCUCUGUCGGCGCUGCUUCGAACUGGGACAACCCGACCAUCGACCCGAAGGUCGGCCGUGCGAUCGUCAAGGUCUUCGAUGUGAGCCAGGUGCCCGCCAGUGGCUACUCGUACAAUAGCCAGGGCACCGUGCUAGGAUACGGUCUACGUAACGAAGUUGCGCUCGCAUUCGACCCGAACGGUCACGUGUGGGGUGCCGAGAACAGCGGAGACGACUUCAGGAGAACCGUGAACGGCCAGGCGACUGACAUUCACAUCGACAACCCUGCCGAGGAGCUGAACUACCUCGGCGACCCCGAGAAACCCCUCGAGAACACCUGGUUCGGCUACCCGACCUGCUUCACUGUCUGGGAACCAUCCAACUUCCGCGACAACACCGCGCUCAAGACAGGCUCCCAAUUCGUCGUAACACCCAACACGACCUUCAACGACGCCUCGUGCGAAGGCAAGGCCAACCCGCCACGUCUCGCGUUCCCCGCGCAUAUGGCACCCAUCACCAACGUGUUCGACCCAGCCGGCGAGAACAUGUACGUGACCUUCCACGGCAGCUGGGACCGGCAGCCGGCGCAGGGAUACUUCGUAGCCGAGGUACCGUUCCAGAAGGGCGCCGACGGCAACUACGAGCCCGUCGCCCCGCAGGACAGCAAGACUGGGUUCAAGAACAUCAUCGGCGCCCAGAGCCCGGGCUCCUGCAACUCCCCCUCACUCACCAUGAGCACCUGCUGGCGUCUCGCCGGGCUCGCCUGGGACCAGGCCGGCAAGAGGCUCUUCAUCAGCUCCGAUAACCAGUCCUCCGGCGAGAUCUUCGUCUUGCAGAAGAAGGCUUAGAUAGAUGAGGCUGUGGUAAGUUAGGGGUAUCUACCUAGGCCAGUGUUAUAGGAGGGGAAGCAGGGGGUCUAUAUGGAAGAGGGUAAUAAAGCGUGUAUGAAGUUGAAGGGUUCUCGUAGACUUUCUACCUUCCCUCGUUUGUACAUACAAGUUCACGGAUAUCGCUAAAUUCUAGUGAAUGAAGAGCUUUGCAAUACAUGAUCUCAAUUUUUUUCUGCUGCCAUAAUUAAUUUUCUUUGAGACUCGCACCUCCCCUCUCUUGACGUAGGGAACUUGAAAGGUAUUUGAUCAAGAAAAAGAAAAAUACGAGGUGCUAGGGUUGUGCCGGAGUUUUACGAGGCGAGUUGUGCGACCUGAAUACUUAAACGGGUGGCCGUUUGGGUGGCACAAUAAU